CACUCUCGCGUCUCAACAUUGUCCUCCCACCGUCCAUGUUUCGUUCGCUCGGCCCCUGCCCUUAAGUCCUGAGCCCUCACACGCGCUCAUCACCUCCCGCUUCGUUUGUCGUUCCUCCCCUUUGUCGUGUCCUCUUUAUAGCCCUCGAACUCGCAGACCAAGCGAGAAGAAACUCUUAGCUUCAAUGGAAUCCUUUACAAACAUCGUGUGCGGGCCAGUGUAUCACAGCAUCAAUAUAGUCAAUAUCCCGUAAGCGUCAUGAGCCCACGGGCCUCGCCGUAUCCUACCACAUUGACAGUCCAGGUGUACGGGUUCCAGAAUCCUUGCUACCAUCGUCAUCGUCGCCAUUAUAUCCUAUAUUUGCAGAGAAAUGCUCGACUUGCAAACCCUCACGGCGGGGGCGCGAGUCACCGUCUUCGGGUCAGGCAACCAACGGGGCGUUCUAUUCGAUCCCGUCAAGGACAUCCCGUCGCUGGCAGGCAAAGUCAUCCUCAUCACAGGCGGUGCAGGCGACCUGGGCAAGCAAGUAGCCAUCGAGCUGGCACGGCACAACCCGGCACGCAUCUACAUUGCCGACCUGCCGCGCGCAGACGACGGCGACUCCGUCGUCCGUGCCAUCACCCGGGACGCACUGUCCGACUCUGACCAGCACGCUCCUCCCACCCCCAUACGCUACCUGGCCGUGGAUCUCUCGUCCUUCGAGUCCAUCAAGAGAGCGGCGGCUGCGUUUUGCGCCGCCGAAGACCGGCUGGACAUCGCCGUGCUCAACGCAGGCAUCAUGCGCGUGCGGCCCGGCACGACGGCGGAGGGCUACGAGGUGGCCUUCGGCAUCAACUACCUUGGCCACGCGCUCCUGACGAGACUGCUGCUGCCAAAACUGCUGCACACGGCCGCGCUGCCGCGGGGCGCCGAUGUCCGCGUCGUGGCUGUUUCGAGCGAGGGGCAUGCCAUGGCGCCCAGGGGCGGCAUCCUGUUCGAUAAGUUGAAGGGGCCCUGCGAGGAUAUUACAUACUACCAACGCUACGGCCAGAGCAAAGUGGCCAUCAUCGGCUUUGCGCGGGAACUGGCGGCGCGAUGUCCUCAAAUCAAGACAGUCGCCGUGCACCCGGGGCGGAUCAUCACGGGGAUGGCUCACGGGCUGCGGAAGGAGAGCCUCCUAUUCCGCGUUACCGCGCCGCUCUCGCCUUUGUUUUGCGUGCCCGCGGCCAUUGGAGUGAGGAACCAUCUGUGGGCGGCCACGGGGCCCAACGUGGAGACGGGCAAGUAUUACGAGCCCGUGGGCGUGCCAGACAAGGAGACGGCCAUCGCCAGAGACCCGACCCUAUCGAGGAGACUAUGGGAGUGGACGGAGAAAGAGUUUGAGAAUGCUAUUGAAGUGUGAAAGCACUCUGCAAGGCCAACCAAGGACAACAUUUCAGCAUAUCUCACAGGAGCACAAAGAUUCACAAAGUGGCAAUGUUGAAUUGCACCCUCACUCAACCCCUUUCCCAA